CGUAGGAGAAAAACGAGAAUAGCGUCCUGAGAAUACGCCCGCAUCAAUUUCCUUUCAAGGAAAACCGAGGAGGAAUCGUUUCUCUGCCUGCAUCUUAGAGAGAGAGAGAGAGAGAGGAGAGAGAGAGAACCACGAUGGCGGAAGUCGAAGUUCAGCAUCAGCAACAAGAUGUGUCUGUAGAUUCAGCAGAGGAGGGAGAAAUCAUAGAGUCAGGUCCCCCCUCCUCUGUUAGUCGAAGCCUCGAAUCUUCUCACCCCCUUGAGCAUUCAUGGACCUUCUGGUUCGAUAACCCGUCUUCUCGUCCUAAGCAGGGGACGUGGGGAAGCCAUAUUCGCCCUGUUCAUUCUUUCUCCACUGUCGAAGAUUUCUGGUGCCUUUACAACAACAUACAUCAUCCGAGCAAGUUGGCUGUUGGUGCUGAUUUACACUGCUUCAAAGAUAAAAUUGAGCCAAAAUGGGAGGAUCCAAUUUGUGCUAAUGGAGGGAAGUGGACAAUUACCACUGCAAAGGGGAAAGCAGAUACAUGGUGGUUGUACACUUUGUUGGCAAUGAUUGGUGAACAAUUCGACUAUGGUGAUGAAAUUUGUGGAGCAGUAGUUAGUGUAAGAAGAGGAAAGCAGGAAAGAAUAGCUAUAUGGACCAAAAAUGCUUCAAACGAAGAAGCACAGAUAAGCAUUGGCAAGCAGUGGAAGGAAUUUCUGGAUAACAAUGACACUAUUGGGUUUAUUUUCCAUGAUGAUGCGAAGAGGUUGGACAAAGCGGCAAAGGAUCGAUACACUGUGUGAUCCUUGACAUACUAUUGAUGUUGCCAGUGAUUAAUGGAACAGUAAUUUUGUCAUCAAAUGGCAUCUCUAAAGAGCAUAGGCUUCUUACAAAUUGUCACUCUGGUUGAUGCUAGUUAUGGGGACUUGGGUUUUGACACCGUUUUGUAUAUUUAUCAUAUUUUCUAGUAGUUUAAUGCUCUUUCAAUAGAUUUUUUUUUUAUCUAAUAGAAACAUUCUCCAGCUCUCUGAUCUGCUGGAUACAUCUAGUGUCCAAUGCUUCGGUUUCUUUUAUGAGUUUCAUAAGUAACACCCAUACGAGAUAAGAGACCAAUGGAUAUGAUUGAAGGUGGUAAGACAAACAUGGGAUGUGAAAUCAAAAUCUUCCAUGUAAAAGUCCAUGUAUGAAAUUGCCGCAUAUUUAAAUCAAUACUGGAUCUGAGUACUUGCACGAG